CUUGACAGGAUGUACAACUGCCGGAAGUGUAUGGUGAUAAACAUGAAGCACAACAACAUUAUCCAGUACAAGGAAUCGUACUGCGACGAUACGAUGGAGUUUGACCUUCCGAGGUUAUGUCGGGACAUCACGGGAGACGCCAUGUUGUACUCCAUGUUCCGCCUGAACUCUGAGCCGGUCGCCUGCCCCUUCCACGGCCCCCUCACCUUCACCUACUCCAGGGGCUACGGCGAGUGUGAGCAUCCAGUCUCUCAGGUGGACUCGUGUGCUGACGACUCCCGGCUGCUCUUCCGUCACCAAGCCUGUGCUGAUGUUCCGGGCUCUGAGAGCUUUGUGGAGGAGUUGGUGUGUCUGGCGUCGUGGAAGGAGGGGUCGAACCACUAUCUGGUGGGGAAGGUGGACCACAUCCACGUCAAGAGUGACGAGGACCGCUACCGUUGUUUCAUCUACGAGCACCCACGCCACCAGGGCAACACCCAGACAUGGAACCUCGCCCAAUCUGCCGACGCCACCUGCCAGGGGCUCAUUUCCGCUCACGAGGGCAGCAAGACCAUGAAACUCUCCAAAGUGACUCACAAUGGGAGGAAGUGUAAGUUCCCUAGCUGGUUGACGGUCCACAGCCACUGGCACACGCUAGACAACAGCAAGAGUUAUUUCGUCUACCACAAGAACACCUCCAUCAGGAUCAGCGACGGCACCGCAGCCCCAGAAGACAUUGAGACCCGCGGACACACAGACUUCCGGCUGGUGUGUCACAAGUACGAGAGUCGCCGGGAUCACCACGAACAUCGCCGCUCCGGUGAUCACCACGCCAGUAGCAGUGAUCACCACAAGCAUCACCGAGACCACGCUGACGAAGAUCUCGUUACCGUCGUCGCCCACGUCACAGUAGGAUGUAAGAGUGGGUACCAGUGCCUACGGAUCUACCGCCGGGACGAGCACGUGGUACAAGUGAGGUCAGGGGAGCUGGGGCUUAAGGCUGAAGAGGCGUGUUCCAGCCACUACUGGUCCCCCACCACAGCCAACCUCACUACCCUUGUGGCCGCUGGAGGGCCUCCGGGCCCUUGUGGACCCUUUGGCCGGUAUCACGUACCAGACGCCCUCGUGCCCUGUGCUGGCGAGUCCCGCACCUUCACCCACAUCACAGUAGGAUGCAACUCCGGCAACACGCUGCAACUCGAUGCUCGCUGCCCCGAGAAGACUGUUUAUGUAUUUCACUGUCACGGUCAAUGGACGUCGGAGGGAGUGACGUACGUGGUGGCCUCGCCCAUGUCCCGGGCCUCAGGGGCUCCACGCCGCGUCUGCUUUGCCUACAGUGAUGAUACCCGCACCAACACACUUACCCUCACCGCCCGCCACGACACCUGCAUCCAGCGACAGCACGACGCGCACAUCGCCAUCAACGCCACGCUUGCUGGGCAGUGUGUGGAGGGUGGCAGAAGCAACUCGGGAGGUAGCAAGAGACUGGCAGGAGGACUGCUUCACCUCAUCUGCCUCCUUAUUCUCACCAUCAUCCCGGCCUGUGUAGUUUCAUUGUAGUUUUGGAUGAGUGAGGGUUAGUGCGUAGUAGCGGUGUGAGUGUAUGUGUGUAUGUGUCUCCAUUGCUUGUAUUGGGUGUAUAAGACUACAUUGAUGUCUGCAAGUACGUGGAGAGAGUAUGAACACAAGAGUCCGCCAGCCACUUACCGUGUCGAGUGUCUUGCUGGUUGAGCUGCUGAAGGCCUCUGUGUUUUAUAGCUCGUAGGACCUGUUGAUAAAAAAGACCUAUUGCUUAAGAGUAUUUAGUUUCCUAUUCCUGGUGUAAAAAGACAGGUAUCGGCUGGGGGCCCCGUCACCCCCAGAGGGUCGCGUCCAGGGGAGGCUGGCAGGUUCCCUCUCUCACAGUCCUUGUUGAGCACGUGUGUACCUUGUGUUGAGGUUCCUCUCGAUCUUACAUGAAAUAAAGAACCAACUUGAGACUCUUAUCCCUAAAUGUCAUCCUUUGUAUUAACCGCCGAGGGAUGAGACGUACAGUACAUGUUGAAAUUCCUCUAUGUGGGAAUUUUCCAGACUCUUAUCCGGCCACAUGAGAAGCUGCGUGACCUGCCAGGCUCCCUCCGGUGACCCUUGGGAAUAUCUGUGAGACGGGGUCGUCGCCGCUACACCUCCUACCUAACCUACUGUUCCUCUCCACCCCUCCCUCAGGUCAAGAGUAACUGCUUACAAGGAGUUACUGUUACCUGUUUCCUGCUGUUUUGUUUGGUCUGUUUCUCUGUGUCUUUCAUCUGUAUAUUUAGGUUCUCCCACAUGUGUUAGAGAUGGUUGACUUACAAGUGUUAAUGCUGUCCUAUCACAUUGUUCCUCACAUCUUGGUUACUGCCUCGCCUUCUGGGAGUUGCGUUAUAUCCCUGUAUGAAGGUUCUGUCAACUUGCGAUGACUGGAGAAAGAGUACACUGUAUUUCUUUAAUGCUUUAGCUUUAUAAAUAUAAAUAUAUAUAUAUACUUUGAUAAUUGUAUGAUGGUCCACCCAUAUUUCGGUGGAAGACGUGUUGUGAUAUUUGUUUAAUGUAUUCACACAAGAGAUGGACGAGAAAUUCGUUCUAUCUCGGCAGACAACACUUUCCGUGUGAUGAAGCUUUGCUACCAAAUGAGUGUAUCAAGACUUUAUUGUGAUGAGUGGCAAGUGGCCGGCCUGAAGCGGCAGGCGGGGGCGUCCUGGACACAAACCUGAGGACUUCACGCCCGCGCAUUCAUGCUCACGCCCACACAAGAGACAGUGAUAACCACAGUGGUUGUCGGAGCCUUACAAAUGCUGGGAAUGAACUCGUACUCUCCCACAUACAGUGGCUUGUGUAAAGUGGGUGUUGGACACAACUAUGUGGCAGUAGAAUUAGACCAAGAGAUGAGUUGCCCAAGUAACUCUGGGCUGAGUGAACGUUCUCAGACUCGCUCAAGUGGUGUCCCACACGACGGUGGUAGCGUAGCAGCCGUCAGUGUUGCCCCCGCCCGCCCCGACGCGUGCACCGUCAAGGCCACCUCUUGUCCACAUUUAUGUCGUUUGCCCAUCAUUUAGGCGCCUUUGUCGUGCUUGGAGUCAACGUACCAGGCUUACUAAAGGUGUUGACAGCUUCAUUUAAGACUCGCAGGUGGUUAAUAUGUGAAAAAUUCUUGUAGAAGACGAGGUAUCCAAGAAACUGACGCUUGGUCAGUUACCAUAUGAUUGUUGCUGAUAACAUAAGUGAUGGUCACCUGAUGUGCUGUGCUUCAAGGGCGACGAAUGAUGCCAUUAGAAUAUUUGUCCCUAUUAUUUAACCAUUGUGAUACUGUAUGGGAAUGGCAUACUAGUCGAUUCUAAUGAUUUUUCGGUUGAUAUUUAUUGACACAGAAACUUUGGUGUUUUUUUUUGGUUUGUUUUAGAAAAUGGAAAAUGUAUUAUUGGUAUAAUGUUAGUAUGAGGUGUGAAGACGAGGGAGACGACUACGUUGGAGCGUUUGUCCUGCAACACCCACCUGCCCACCCCACACCCAACACUCUUGAAAUUGUAAUAAUGAUAAAACAGCCUAUCACUAAGUGCCGAAAAUUUUUGAUAUGUAAGUUUUGGGUGUAGUUAUGUUGACCAAAAAGAAUAUAAACCAUUAAUACGUUUGUCACUUUAUCUGAAGUUAUUACAAUUUAGGAAGACUGAAGGUUGGGUGUAGAUGAGGCAGGAGUUCAUCUCGCGGCGUCUUGCUAAGGGUGCCUUAACUUAUCCCCCUCAAAGGAAAAGAGAAAUUGGUUUUAUUCACGAUUAUGAAAAUAUAAUUCUGGCUCUGUCACGCUGAGGGAUAGAUUAUUAUACUGUGAGGCUUCAACAGGAGGACGACACGUCACAACCACCUGACGACCUCCAGUGAGUGUCCUCGCCCCAUGAUGACACCCUCGGGAGGCGUACACUCUCGCUUCUUAAAAGUACUCUACCCCGAAUAAACCUUUGGUAGAUCACGCAAGACUGUUGAUUAAUAAGCCUACAGUCUCACUAAGCCAAAAUAUCCAAGAAAACCACAAUAGAAAAUGCUUAAAAAAGCUGCAACAUUGGUUCACAACGUUAACGUAGAGCGAGAAGGUGGCCGGGUCUUAUCGAGGCUCCUCCACCAAAAGUGUUUCUUCUGCUCAUAAGAUUGUUUUCCUGUGUUAUUAUGAUUAAUGUUUUUAUUUAACAGACUAAGAAGCCUUAGCCUAGCUAGUAAAGAAAGAGGAAUUUUGAGAUGUAUAAAAUUUGGCUUGUAUAUAUUAUAUGUAGGUAUAAUAUUCUUUCCAAUGUCCUGCUUGCCGCACUGUAUGUCCUCACGUGCCUAUUUCUCCAAGUGUUUAACUGUCCUCUUUUUCUUGUGUUUUCUUUUCAGUCUUGAUUCGCUUGGUUCUUCCUUGCAUUCCUUGGUUCAUGUCUGCCUUCCUAGUUUCAUGCCUGCAUUCCUUGGUUCAUCCCAGCCUCCUUUGGUUUUUCAAUAGAUCAGUGUGAAACUCUUGGUUAGGGUGGAACAAGAAGCUGUUCAUCGAGGUAUGGUCUUAGUAUGCUGUCACAUGACCCAACUCAUUCUAAACCUAACCCACUAACUACAAACGUGACCCAGGCUGACCUAGCUCUUAAUCAAACACAACCCAGCAAAAAAAAAAAAAAAGAUAAUUUAUGUGACCUCGUAUUAGGUUAUGUUUAGUUCGGUCAUCAAAAGUGUUCGUGUCACCCCCCCUUACCCUUGUGGAAUAAAAACACACACACACACACACACACACACACACUCACUCACUCACUCACUCACUCACUCACUCACUCACUCACUCUACUUACUUUCCGUGAUGGUGACGUCAGCUAAAAUCAUGUACUCCAGAUGGUUUGUUUCUUGUGCCUCUCAAUCUAGUUCAGUCUUAAGUACGUGAAAUUAACUUCUUUUUUCAACACUAAUCCUGAUAAGAAAUUGUUUAUAUGAGUGCGUUGUAUACAUCUUUACCUAUUUUGUGAAUGAUUUUUUUUGCGAUAAAUUUUGUGUAGUGUCGAAGGAAUUAUAUUAAUCUAUUUUUGGCACAUACUUAAUGAACACAAAAUCAAAAUCAAAUUGUAGGAAUAAAGGGAAAAUAUUUGUAUUCUUGCAGGAGGAAUUUAGUAACUCCCCUGACCAUGUAUAUUGUAUUAUGUAUAUGUAGCAAAGACAACCACGAAUGGGGAUCGGCGGACUGUUAAACAUCGAAGUCAUAAUGUAGCGUUUAGGAAACAAGUAGAUUGUUUACGUUAGGGCUGUACAGUAACAAGUCUAUCGUUAGUGGAGCUGCCAGCGACAACUCAUCUGUGAAUGUUUGUACUAUAUAUCGCUUAUCUAUUGUCCACAUUUGGUAUUAAACAUUUCUAGAAUAUUGACAUUGUUAUAUAAUUAUGCAGUAUAUUUUGUAUUGGUGUAAAAAUUUUGUUGAUUAUUUUAGAAUUGCAUUUACAGUCAAUUGUCGAAUCAUUUUUUUUAAACCAUGGAGAAGUCGCUGGUGACGUCACUGGUUUACCCAAUCAUUCCACACUGCCCGACGCUCACUCGUGGUUGUCAGAUGUACAGGGAUGAUCUAUUUUGGUCCCGUCAGUCUUGGAUAAACAGUCCAGGCGCGCUGCCCACGUAAUAUUGUGCCCUCCUCUCACAUGCCCCCGUAUCCCCCUACCCUUCAAGACAACUUUAACGUCCCCCAAAUACCCUAUACAGUACCUUAAAUUAGAAGUCAAGCUUAGGCCUCCCAGCGGAAACGCGAUUGCCCACUAAGAUUCAAAUAUCCAAUGUUUAUAAAUAAAAGAUGCGCUAUUUCUGCUGGUCAGGCUUAGUGCUGGCCUGGUGUUUUAACAUAGUCUAGAGUGUAUUUUGAGACAAUUUGCUGAUGAAAGUCCACAAAAAAAAAUAUUUUGAUAAUGUCUCGACCAUUUUCACAUCCAGUUGUUGGGAUACGAAGUCUCACUUAAAACUAACCUCCAUUCCCCUUUCCACACAAUUUCCCUUUCCAAACUCAACCCUCCUCUACCCGGGGCAAGUGAGGGCGAGGACUCUUCAUUGUAAUCACAAAAAGUCUAUAAUGAUUAUAAGAAAUUGGGUUAAAUACACAAAGUUACAGCUUU